AUGCAUCCACUCCUUGGCCGACUCAUCGUCAACUUCGUUCUUUGUCUUAUCUGCUUUAUUGCCUACUCCUCGCAAAUAUUUAUAAUCUGGCCGUGGUAUGGGAGCACUGUGUCUGUCGAGCUCCUUACCCUACUCGUUCCUUUCAACGUCUUCGUUGGAUUUGUCCUAUGGAACUACUUCCUCAGCGUGAACACUGACCCUGGGCGGGUCCCCGAAGGAUGGAAACCUGACACGCAUGCCGAGGGAUACGAAGUCAAAAAACUUACCGGCGCGCCGCGCUACUGUCGGAUGUGUCAACAAUACAAACCACCCCGAGCCCAUCACUGUAGACAGUGUAACAGAUGUGUGUUGAGGAUGGACCAUCAUUGUCCUUGGAUAAAUAACUGCGUUGGACACCAUAAUUAUGCUCACUUCAUACGGUUCCUCUUCUACGUCGACGUGGCUUGUUCAUAUCAUAUCACAAUGGUGACCAAGAGAGUGAUAUAUUCAAUGGGAUCGAGAUAUUGGGAUGAACCGUCAACUAUGGAACUCAUCAUGAUCAUACUGAAUUAUGUCGCUUGUAUUCCCGUUUUACUUGCCGUUGGAGGUUUCAGCCUUUACCAUUUCUACAGCUUAGCAGGCAAUACAACCACGAUUGAGGGUUGGGAGAAGGACAAAGUCGCAACACUGGUUAGAAGAGGGAAGACCCAAGAGGUCAAAUUUCCCUAUGAUCUUGGGGUCAGGCGCAACAUCAAAUCUGUCCUUGGACCAAGUCCCCUGCGUUGGUGCUGGCCCAGCCGGACGCCAGGGAACGGACUCAGAUAUGAACUCUCCAACAAGGACGGGGAAAGCUGGCCUCCGAAGGAUCCUUCGUCUGAUUCAUCCACCCAAAGCGAUCGCGACAGCACUCGAAAUUCAUCACCAUGGACUUACGAGAACGAAUCUCUCAAUCCGGCACUACGCCCCACUAAUUCACAAAUGCGUGUCCUUCCUUCAGCUCGCAGGCGUCGGAGAAAGGCGGACCCUGGAAUAAAUUCUGUGCCCCCAUACCACCCCGACUAUCAAGAAAUCCCAAGCAGCUCAUAUGAACCAGAGGCAUAUUCGGAGGAAAGCGAAUUUUCGGAUGAUGAGUAUUCACCUCCGCCUGCUGGGAAGGUCCACGUUCGGAGAGGCUCGGAAGGUUACGAAGUCCGUCCUAUGGGGCGGGAGGAGAUGCUACAUCGUUAUCUCGAAGAGCUGGGCGAGGAGCCUGGAAGAUACCUGCGCUACAUUCCGCAGCCGGACAGUGAGUCGGACGAUGACGAUACCCCACUUGCGUACCAGGCGGAGAAGGUGAAGGUGAACUAG